UUGAAAAGGUCAAGAGAUAAACGCUCAACCAUUACGAAACUUUUUUUAGGAAAUACUCAUGUCCACGCUGACCAUGUCACUGGAACCGGUGAAAUACAGAAGCUUGUUCCAGACUGUAAAACCUUUCUGUCGGCUAGGAGUAACGGCAAAUGUGAUAUCAAACUGCAUGACAAAGACAAACUGAAAAUCGGAAAGCUAGAAAUCGAAGCCCUGUGCACCCCUGGCCACACUGACGGUUGUAUGACAUUCGUCUGCCAUCCGCUGCGUUUGGCACUCACCGGCGAUACUUUGCUGAUAAGAGGAUGCGGACGAACGGAUUUUCAGCAAGGCGAUCCCCAUCUGCUGUACAGAUCAGUUCAUAAUCAGAUUCUGUCUCUUCCUAAAGACUUCCUGCUCUUUCCUGGACAUGAUUAUAAAGGAUUAUCUGUUUCGUCUGUCGAAGAGGAAAUCAAGCUCAACCCUCGCCUUACUCUUCCGGAAGAGAAAUUCGUGAAACUAAUGAAUGAGCUGAAUUUACCGAUGCCAAAGCAAAUAAAUAAAGCGGUUCCCGCCAACAUGGUAAACGGACAGGUGGAGUUGAUGACGGAAGAAAUUAAGAAGCUGGUUAUGGAAACAGCCAAAAUUCAUUAA